UUCCGAAGCGAACAUGGCAUACACGUGGAGAAGUUCGCGUCCAUGCAUCUGUCAUACGCCCGAUAACGAUCGAUACUGCAUAGCUUCUUUAACUCAUAGAUGAGUCAGAGGAUGCUGACAUGCAGUCGAGAAAUUGUCUUCAGUUAACGUUGGCGAUACUCAAGCCGCACGUUGUCAAAUCCCCGUUCGCUCUCCAGAAGAUUCGCGAUUUAAUAAUCGACAAUAAUUUCAAAGUUGUCAGAUCGCGUAGGGCGACGAUAUCUCGCGAAGAGGCCGAACUGUUUUACAAGGAGCACAAGGAUAAGUUCUUUUACAACCGCCUCUUGACUUUCAUGUGUAGCGGCCCAUCCGAUAUUCACAUUCUAGCGCGUCAGGACGCUAUUGCCAAAUGGCGACAGUUGAUGGGCCCUACUAAGGUCUAUCAGGCGCAAUAUAGUGCACAGGAUACUAUCAGAGGAACGUUUGGCCUGUCGGAUACCAGAAAUGCCACACACGGAUCUGUACCACCGCAGCUUCGUGAUUGAGUAUGUCCGUUCGUUGUGCAUCGGUUCGGUAAGUCGUAUAAAUCUGUUCAAGUAGUAUAUUUUGUUUCUAUCAACAUUGUUUUCACAAGUCCACAAAACAUUAUUAUUUAAAUUAUUAGUUAGUUUAUUGUUAUCUUACUGCUUAUAUUUCUUACAAGAAGAAAGCAUUUAAAACAUUUUUUAAUAUUUAUUAUAAUGUAAACAAUUUUUGUGAAUUCAAUGAUCUCUUGUGGAAAGUUAAACAAUGCGAUUGUGAAUAAAUGUUAUUAAUAGAGAAGGAGAUGAUAUUAUAAAAAGGCAUUUACAUUUGAUACAAUAACUUUGUUAAUAAUCAGCAUUUUUAAUUGAA